GUCACCGAAUAAAAACAAAAAAUGGCGAUUCCGAGUUCGGUUCUCGCUGCAGGAUGGAUUCCAUUCGUUGUCAUCAUCGUUUUGGUGUUGCUAUUUUCUACCAUAUAUAUAAAGUACUUUAUGAGUAAACGGGACAGCACCAUAUCCAGUACGGUGUCAGCCAUUGUAGCAUUAAGUGUGAUCAUGUUGACUACAGCUCUCAUCCCAGUUGACGUCUUCCUUGUCUCCUACAUGAAAGAUAGCAAAGGUCACUUCAAGGAUUGGGCAAAUGACACAGAAACACGACAAUCAAUAGAAAAUUCAGUGGCUUAUGGCUAUUACACAUUGUACGGCUUGGUGACUUUCUGUCUGUUUAUACUGCUUCCAUUCAUGUACUUCUUUUAUGAGGAAAAGGAUGAAGAGACCAGUGACAAGUCGCGAUGUUGUUUAGCUUUGAAGUACACUGUAGUUUUCAUCAUCAUUGUUGGUGUCCUUCUACUGAUAGGGGCAUUUGUUCCUACCAAGAAUCCUCCAAACCCUAAUGCUACUGACUACCAGAAGAUUGAAGCACUGUUCGCUGACCUGACAACAAAUGAUGGUGAAGAUGCCUUGUCUUUUGUCAUCAGUAUAAUUAGCCUGUUGGGAAUGUGUGCCCUCGUCACUUACACAGCUUAUGGUAUGUCUGCUUUGCCUAUGGGUCUGAUUAAAGGAAGAAGAGGUGCAAAAUCAGAGAGAAUGACUGUGCAAUCUGAGCGGUCUUCUGCUCAAUCAAGGAUACAGUCGCUCAAAGACAAGUAUUCCGGUAGGUCUAUGUCAUCACGGCGACGGAAUGAUCUUUCUAAUAUGGAAGAAUCGGAACGUCUGAUGGAGAGGAGAGAAAAGCACCUGGUUGCUAAUGAGACCAGCAUACUUCAGCGAUGUCUGGUGGUUCUCCGCCCGUUCGAGGUUAUUUUUGGGAUACUCUUCUUCCUUGUCACACUGCUGAUCUUUGUGUCCCUGCUGCUGACAAACAUAGACAAGGCUCUCCAUAGUCUUGGAUACAAGUUUGGGUAUGCCCUUCCUCAUCGAACUCUUCCUAAUCCAGUAGAUAUGGUACUGGUGUUUUGUCAGAAAGUGUUCCCGCUGGACUAUAUCAUGUUCUCUCUGCUGGUGGUCUACCUUGUGUUCUGCUCCAUGUCUGGUGUCCGCAACAUAGGCAUCUGGUUCUUCUGGCUCAGAAUGUAUAAGAUCCGUCCACGGAGAACCCGUCCCCAGGGGAUACUGAUGCUGUGCAUGAUUCUCAUGUUUAUCAUGUCUGCCAUCAACAUCAUAAUUUAUGAGCUCACUCCCCAAUACUCUAGCUUUGGUAGUCAGAGAUACACAGUGCAAACCAACGGUACAAGUGAUGGCAAAUUGGAAAUAUGCUCCACUGAUGCACAUAAUUCCAGCUGUGUGAUCUCUCGGAUGGCUCUUCUACUUACCCGAUUCUUCUAUAAGAUGUGGUUCUUUGGAGCUGCCUACUACUGGACAACCUGGGUGUUCCUGGGAAUCAUACUUGUUGGUUUCCUGGUCGCUUUUAUCAAGAAGAGGAAGUCUGCAAUAGAUGGAGAAGUAGAUGAAGAUGAUUUUGAUGACAGUGAUGAUGAUAUGAUACAGCCUUGAUUUCCAACAGGACAUUUUGCAUUUUGUGAUAUUUGUGUGUAUUUAUAGUAAAAUGUUGUCAGUGUUAACUUAUAUCCAUGUUUGAUUAAAUUUGAUUGUAAGGAAUUGCAGCCAUGACUUCUAGAAUAUCUUGCAUAGUGUGAAGUAAGACUUCAGAACAAAAUUUUCAUUCAGUCUAUCUUUUCCUUUUACAUCAGAUUAUCUUUGACAGUGUUACCUGCUCAUAAUAGCAUGUACAACUUGUUUAAUUGUCAGUACGAGAGUGUAUGUACAAGUGAGUGAUAUGUAUAUAUUUUGUACUAUAGACAAAUUCAUGAUCAUGGAAUCUGUAAAUAAACAGAAAUUGAAGUAGAAAUUAAGUGCUUGACAUAAUAGAUAUAUAUUGUAUAUAAAGGCUGAACAAAAAAUAAAGUGACUUAACUGAAA